AUUAUUAAUAAUAAUAUUAGUGUUGAUAAUUUUCGUACGCGCCGAAGGUCACCUACGAUUCAUCUUAAAUCAUAGAUUUUUUGUGUGUUGAAUUUUGUGUAGUUUAAUUGAGUGAUAUUAUUUUUAUAGUAAAAAUGUGCAGAUCUCUUAGUUUUUUUGUAUUGGUGGCUGCCAGUUUUGCAAGUUCAAUUCUAGCCCAAGAUUGGGUAAAUCCUACAGCUUCUACAAGUUGUACGACGCCCGAUAGUAAAAGAGGGACAUGUAUAAAUAUAGCAAGUUGUGCAGUCCUGGUGCAAAUGCUGCAGAAUGCGCCAAAACCAAUACCACCAGAAAUAUCGUCGUUUUUGAGACGAUCUCAAUGUGGAUUCGAAGGAUCAAGGCCAAAAGUAUGCUGCCCUUCGCAAACACAGACUUCAUCAGAACUUAAUACUGAUAGUGAAAUUCCUGAUGUAUCAUCACAUCCUAAUUUGAGGUUGUUACCUCAUAGGAUAUGUGGAGCAUCUUUGGAGGACAGAAUCGUCCGAGGAAAUAAAACGGGAUUGUUUGAAUUCCCUUGGAUGGCCUUAUUGGCAUAUCGAUCAAGAAGUGGAGAUGUAAGUUUCCGUUGCGGUGGCUCUCUGAUAACAGAUAAAUAUGUUUUAACGGCUGCGCAUUGCCUGUUAGUUGAAGCCCAAGGAUUUAAAUUAGAAGGUGUCCGUCUUGGAGAACACAAUAUAAAUACAGCAGAAGAUUGUGAAAUUCAAGAAGAUGGUUCACGACUUUGCGCUGAUCCUGUCCAGGACAGAACUGUUGAGCAAGUUAUAAUCCAUCCUGGUUAUUCGAAAUCCAGGAAUUAUAAUGAUAUUGCGCUGAUACGACUAUCAAGCCCUGCUGAUAUCAGUUCCGAAUCAGUCCGUCCAGUGUGUUUGCCCAUAUCGAACGCCCUGCAAACGAUGAACCUCACCGGGCGCUCCGCCGUCGUCACCGGCUGGGGCUACACAGAAUGGGGCACCAGGUCACCAGAUCUGCUCAAAGUUGGACUCCCAGUCGUAGAUAACGAGCAGUGUAAUUCUGUUUAUAGAAGAAGAGCUACCAUAAUAUCAAAACAGCUAUGCGCUGGUGGUACUGGUGGUAGAGACAGUUGUGGUGGUGAUUCAGGUGGCCCAUUAAAAAUACCAGGAAAUUAUAGAGGUCAAACUAGAGUAAUCCAGCACGGAGUAGUAUCAUUUGGACCAGUCAAUUGUGGGCUGACAAUGUUCCAGGAGUUUACACAAGAGUUGGACAUUACAUGGACUGGAUAUUAGAUAAUAUAAGUUCAUAAAUGUUGAAAACCAAUCAAGAUGCUUAUAUACUCAGAAUCGCUGAUAUUAUGGGAAUUACUUUAAAUAUGGGUCGAACUGACUUUGAAAAACAAUAA